AUGGCGGAAGGUUUAAUUUCGCAAGCAGAGAAUGGGGACAACAUGGAAGAGGUGGCUAAGGAAUAUUUUGAUGAACUGUUAUCUCGAUCAUUGUUUCAAACGUCAAGGAAAUCAAGUUUCGUUAUGCAUGAUCUCAUCAAUGACUUGGCUGUGUUCAUGUCUAAAGGAUUUUGUUCAAGGUUGGAAGGUGGUGGGGAAUCACAUGAAGUAGAAAGAGUUCGCCAUUUGUCAUAUGCUAGGAAAGAUUUUGAUGGUGCUCCGAAAUGUGAGCCAUUUAAGGGGGCUAAGUGUUUGCGUACCUUUCUACCUACCUCUUUAAAUACUUAUCAAGAGUAUUAUCUAAGUAAAAAGGUUGUACAAGAUUUGAUGUCGUCACACAGAUGUUUACGGGUGUUAUCAUUGUCACGUUAUAGGAAUGUCACUCAGCUACCUGAUUCUAUUAAAAAUCUUAUUCACUUGCGCUAUUUGGAUCUCUCUAGAACUGCAAUUGAAAGGUUACCUGGCGUACUUUGCAGUUUGUACAAUUUGCAGACGUUACUAUUGUCAAAUUGUUCCUCUCUCGUUGAAUUACCUGCAGACUUGAGAAAAUUGAUAAAUUUACAGAAAUUAAUGCUGGGAGGUUGUUGGUCUCUUGCUAAAUUGCCUGUAGACCUGUGGGAAUUAAGUAGUUUGCAUCAUCUUGAUGUGCGUGGAACUAAAAUUGCAGAGAUGCCAGCACAAAUGAGUAGACUAAAAAGUUUGAGAACGUUGACUGCUUUUGUUGUGGGGAAAUCUACUGGGUCGACCAUUGGGGAAUUGGGGGAGCUUCCACAUCUUCGAGGAAAACUUUCAAUUCUAAAACUGCAAAAUGUAGUUGAUGCUAAGGAUGCCGUGCAAGCCAAUUUGAAGAAUAAGAAGGAUCUGAAGAAGUUAGAGUUGGCAUGGGGCGAUGAAGACUCGAAUGAUUCCGAAAAAGUGAGAGAUGUACUUGACAAGCUCCAGCCUUCAAUUAGUUUGGAGAAACUGACCAUCGAAUUUUACGGUGGAACCAACUUCCCUAAUUGGUUAGGAAACUCAUGCUUCUCAAACAUACAAGUCAUGCGUCUCAGCAAUUGUAAAUAUUGUUGGUCGCUGCCACCAGUUGGGGGGCUACCUGCUCUCAAAGAGCUCUAUAUAAAAAGGAUGGAAUUUGUUAAGACAAUUGGUGUUGAGUUCUAUGGCAGAAAUGGAGCGUAUCUAAUUCAGCCAUUUCAAUCACUGGAGAAGCUGGAGUUUAAGGAGAUGGCAGAGUGGGAGGAAUGGGUACCAAGUGGAAGUGGAGGUCCAGACUUUCCUCGUCUCCAGGUGCUGAUUCUAUGUAUGUGUCCGAAGCUGAGAGGAAGCUUGCCUCGUGAUCUGCCUUGCUUGAAGAUGCUUAGUGUGAGUGGGUGUGGGGUUUUGCAUGAUCAAAGGGCCACUGCUACUACUAGUAGUAGUACUAGUCUCAACUACAAUUCUCUUGAAGAAUUGAAAAUAGAAGAUGGAUGCCAAACAGGUCUGUUAUCAUUACUAGAGACAAAGCUCCUGUCCAAACUUAUUUUGAUGACAUACAGUGCUUGCCCAGCAUCAAUCGUCUUCAAAGAUUGUCUCUCUGGAAUUGUCCAACGCUGUCCUCGUUCCCUGAAGAUGGCCUACCCACUUCGUUGA